CCAGGACGGAGCUGUUUCUUUCUCACGCCCCAGGGCCGAACCCUUUUUCUGACUGACCCUGCUUCGCGAGCAAACGCCAGCUUCGUGACGUCACAGCCCUGCCCAUCCCCGCAGCUUGAUGUCACCUGGAGUCCCCCCUUCCCGCUUCACUUGUGCUUCCUUAAUGUCUUCUUCCUCUGGUUCACGGCUGAGCGCCGGUCGCACUGCACAGAACCUGGCAAACUAGAAGACUUGCUGUGGGAAACUCCUAGGACUUUACCCCCAAACUCUGGGGUGUUGCGAAGCGUCAUAAUCACCGCCUCCAAGUCUAAUCAGCCAUCCCACUGCACUGUCAGUUGCUGCCCUUGCAUGGCUCCCCAUUCGUAGUCAAUUAACCUCAACCCUAGGCCGGGCUCUGAUCCCCACAUCUUCCUUCAUCUUGAGGCAGGGCACCUCUCACGUUUUGUUCACCCAGGGCUGGUUUUCCAACCCAUUCUCCUAGGCUCUCCAGAUUAGUUCUGUCUUACUCUUCUUACUGACAACUUCUCCCUUUGACAGAACCCAGCAGUGAUGUGGAGGUGGAGAACCACAGGAGCCCCGGACUUCACCUGAGCUACCUCAGUGGUCACCAAGGGUGGCAAGAAAAAGAAGAAAGCCCUGAGUUGGGGGGGACCAGGAUGCCUGACCGGGACAGCUAUGCCAACGGCACUGGGAGCAGCAGUGGAGGCCCUGGAGGCGGUGGCAGUGAGGAGGCCAGUGGGGCAGGGGCAGGCAGUGGCGGGGCCAGCUCAGAUGCCAUCUGUAGAGACUUCCUAAGGAAUGUGUGCAAGCGAGGCAAGCGUUGCCGCUAUCGUCAUCCAGACAUGAGUGAGGUAUCCAACUUGGGGGUGAGCAAAAAUGAGUUCAUCUUCUGCCAUGACUUCCAGAACAAGGAGUGUAGCCGCCCAAACUGCCGAUUCAUCCAUGGCUCCAAGGAGGAUGAGGAUGGUUAUAAGAAGACAGGAGAGCUUCCCCCUCGGCUGAGGCAGAAAGUGGCAGCCGGCCUAGGCCUUUCACCGGCUGACCUGCCCAAUGGCAAGGAGGAGGUCCCUAUCUGCCGUGACUUUCUCAAGGGUGACUGCCAGAGAGGAGCCAAGUGCAAGUUCCGCCACCUGCAACGGGAUUUUGAGUUUGACGCUCGGGGUGGAGGAGGCAGCGGUGGCGGUGGCUCAGCAGGCCCAGUACCCCCAGGACGACGUCAUGACCUCUAUGAUAUCUACGACCUCCCUGACAGGGGCUUUGAGGACCACGAGCCAGGCCCCAAGCGCCGGCGAGGUGGAUGUUGCCCCCCAGAUGGCCCCCAUUUUGAAUCCUAUGAAUAUAGUCUGGCUGCACCGAGAGGCGUGGAGUGCAGGCUGCUGGAGGAGGAGAAUGCCAUGCUCAGGAAGCGGGUGGAGGAACUAAAGAAGCAGGUCAGCAACCUGCUGGCCACCAAUGAGGUACUGCUGGAACAAAAUGCCCAGUUCCGCAAUCAGGCCAAGGUCAUGACCCUGAGCUCUACUGCACCAGCGACGGAGCAGACUCUGGCCCCCACCGUGGGCACUGUCGCCACUUUUAACCAUGGCAUUGCCCAGACUCACACUACUCUCAGCAGCCAGGCUCUACAGCCUCGCCCUGUAUCCCAGCAAGAACUGGUGGCCCCCACUGGAGCUCCAGCUGCUCCCCCAACUAAUGCUGCACCUCCUGCUGCUCCACCACCCCCACCCCCACACUUGAACCCAGAGAUCACGCCAUUGUCAGCUGCUCUGGCUCAAACAAUUGCCCAGGGGAUGGCACCCCCACCUGUCUCCAUGGCUCCCGUGGCUGUAUCUGUGGCUCCUGUGGCCCCUGUGGCUGUAUCGAUGGCCCAGCCCUUGGCAGGAAUCACGAUGAGCCACACCACCACUCCCAUGGUGACUUACCCCAUCGCUUCCCAGAGCAUGCGUAUCACAGCCAUGCCACACUGAGGGGGCUAAUGGACACUCCCGGGGUAUAGCCUCCCAGGGCUGGGGUCGAGGGGCCCUCACCCGCUCGCCUAGCCCUCCCAGGCCCUGUCUGAAGGGCUCACUCAAGAACUAGGACGAGAGACUACAAGGAGUUUGCUUUUGAGAAGGGAUUGGGCUGGUCUGUUUUCUCUCACCUCUCUUUUAUGAGGGUCCUCUUGUCCAUCUUCCUUCAAGCCUCACAGAGGGGGGCUUGCAAAAGAGUGCAGACUGAAGCCAGCAGAGAGGAAGGACUGACCGAGGGGCUGUAUGUCCCCUGAUGGGAAGAUGGGGACAUCCUGGUCUUGUCCUCUCUUCUGCAUAGCGCAGGUUCCAGCACUGGCUUUGUAAGAAAAAAAAAAAAAAAUACCCUGCCUAGAGGGAAAGCCAGGAAAGAUUGGGAAGCAGGUGGCCAGGAGAGAAGGCCUGAUCAGAGCCUUUAGACAAUUGGGGGCCUAGCGGAGUUGGACAAUACAGGAACUGUUCCUGGGCCCAUGGGAAGGUGGGGACCAUAGUACUCCAGCCCAAAGACAAGGGGAGCUUUUCUUACCUUGGCUUGGCCUGGAAAUCCAUAGGGCAGGGCCCACCACUUUCCAAAGAAAUAAAAAAAGAAUUAUUUUUAACAAAUGGAGGCAGUGAAAACUUGCUUAGAUAUUCUGUAUGGAAGAUAGGAGCAGUAAAUAGAUCUCAUGCCAAAAUGGGAUAAAGACCCCCUACCCUCACAUAGUUCGGGUAAGGUUGGGCUGAGGCCAGGUGAAGGGUAGAGACCCAGAAUAAGACCAAAUGGGGCUUUGUGGGGUAAAAACACUGGAGCCACCCAGUCUAGUUUAAAAAUAGUCCCAUCUGUUUCUGGUUUCUAUCUGCAUGUACUACUCCCAGGAUACCUUAGUAACCAGGGCUCCUGGGGUCAUUUAGGGGGGCAGGUACUAAGGAGGGGUGGCUGUGCUGGGAAAUGGCAAUGGGCUAUGUAUUGACAGAUCCUUCCCUUAUUCAAACAGUAGGGCAGGUGGCAGUUGCUCUCUGAGUUGUUGAUGGCAGUUAAUAUCCCCCAUCCCUUCCUCAGUUACAAUGCCUUAAGCCUUCAAGGCUUGGGAGGUGCUAGGAAAAGGAAAGUUCUUCUGGGGACACGAGCCUCGGUGUUCAUCUCUUCCCGCUGCUUCCAAAAAGAACCACAGAGGUUUUAAAUCCAUUUUUAAGAGUCGGUAAGGCCAGGGACCCCCAUAGCCAAUCCUCAGUUCCUCCUCAGCUCAUGGUUGAUGUAGGGGAAACAACUCAGGUGUCUGACGGGACAGUGGAUUUGGGGUAGAGAAAGUGAUCCUGAGUUGUGCUUCCCCCAUCGUAUCUCCUGCUACCUCUUGCUUUCUUGUCUGGUUGAUCACUCAGGUUACACCUGGGGUUGGAGAUGGUGGGCUAAGUCAAGGUUCGUCAUAAAAAAAGAAAAAAGAAAUGGCCUAAAGACUAAAAGUAGUCAAAUACUGAAAUACUGUUUGUGGACUUUAGAAACCACACGUUGAUAAGCUUAAUGUUGAUUUUUUUUUUUGGCACAAUUCUGGAUUAUUAAAAGAGAUGGUUUAUAAACA